ACACAAAACACAAAAAAAACAAAACAAUGGGUUCUUCCCCUAAGAUGGGGAGAUCGCCCCUUCUUGUUUAUGCUCUUGCCAUAACUGUCAUGGCCGCAACUAUCGCAGCCUCUGAGCCAUACACUUAUUCUUCUCCACCACCACCCGAAUACUCACCUUCGCCUAAAGAAAGUUAUGAAUCUCCACCACCUCCAUACAUCUACAAAUCUCCCCCACCACCGCCACACUAUUCACCUGCUCCUAAGACAGAGUACAAAUCUCCUCCACCCCCGUACGCUUACAGUUCUCCACCACCACCGCCAUCAUACUCCCCUUCACCCAAAGUUGAGUAUAAGUCUCCACCACCCCCAUAUGUCUACAAAUCUCCUCCACCACCACCAUACUCCUCACCUUCUCCAAAGGUAGAGUACAAGUCUCCACCACCGCCAUAUGUCUACAGUUCUCCACCACCGCCGACAUACUAUUCACCUUCACCCAAGGUUGAGUACAAGUCUCCACCACCCCCAUACGUUUACAAAUCUCCCCCACCACCACCAUACUACUCACCUUCACCCAAGGUUGAGUACAAAUCUCCACCACCCCCAUACGUUUACAAUUCACCCCCACCGCCACCUUACUACUCACCUUCCCCCAAGGUUGAGUACAAGUCUCCACCACCACCAUAUGUCUAUAAAUCUCCUCCACCACCGCCGUACUACUCACCAUCGCCAAAGGUCGAGUAUAAGUCUCCUCCGCCACCAUACGUUUACAGUUCUCCACCACCACCGCCUUACUACUCACCUUCACCCAAGGUUGAGUACAAGUCUCCACCACCGCCAUAUGUCUAUAAAUCUCCUCCACCACCGCCCUACUACUCACCAUCGCCAAAGGUUGAGUAUAAGUCACCUCCACCCCCGUACGUUUACAGUUCUCCACCACCACCACCUUACUACUCACCUUCAACCAAACUUGAGUACAAGUCUCCACCACCGCCAUAUGUCUACAAAUCUCCUCCACCACCGCCGUACUACUCACCUUCGCCAAAGAUUGAGUACAAGUCUCCUCCACCCCCAUACGUUUACAGUUCUCCACCACCACCUUAUUACUCACCUUCUCCAAAGGUAGAGUACAAGUCUCCACCACCUCCAUACGUCUACAAAUCUCCUCCGCCACCAUCAUACUACUCCCCUUCACCCAAGGUUGAGUACAAAUCUCCACCACCCCCGUACAUUUACAGUUCUCCACCACCACCGCCGUACUACUCACCUUCGCCAAAGGUUGAGUAUAAGUCUCCUCCACCCUCGUACGUUUACAGUUCUCCACCACCACCGCCUUACUACUCACCUUCACCCAAGGUUGAGUACAAGUCUCCACCAUCGCCAUAUGUCUAUAAAUCUCCUCCACCACCGCCGUACUACUCACCAUCGCCAAAGGUUGAGUAUAAGUCUCCUCCACCUCCGUACGUUUACAGUUCUCCACCACCACCACCACCUUAUUACUCACCUUCUCCAAAGGUAGAGUACAAGUCUCCACCACUGCCAUACAUCUACAAAUCUCCUCUGCCACCAUCAUACUACUCACCUUCACCCAAGGUUGAGUACAAGUCUCCACCACCGCCAUACUACUCACCUUCUCCAAAGGUUUAUUACAAGUCUCCGCCUUCCCAUUACGUUUACAGUUCUCCCCCUCCACCACCAUAUUAUUCUCCAUCCCCAAAAGUUUACUAUAAGUCACCAUCAUACCCACAUGUUUGUGUUUGUCCCCCACCUCCACCAUGUUACUCUCCAUCCCCAAAAAUUGUAUAUAAGUCUCCACCAUCAUAUGUAUACAAAUCUCCUCCUCCACCAUCGUACUAUUCUCCUUCUCCCAAGCCAGUGUAUAAAUCUCAUCCUCAUCCAUACAAGUAUAGCUCUCCACCUCCACCACCAUAUUACUCACCAUCUCCAAAGGUUGAGUACAAAUCUCCCCCUCCACCAUAUGUAUACACUUCUCCACCACCUCCACCGUACUAUUCGCCAGCCCCAAAGGUCGAGUACAAGUCUCCUCCACCCCCAUAUGUCUACACUUCUCCACCUCCUCCACCAUAUUAUACUCCUUCUCCAAAGACUGAGUACAAAUCUCCACCUCCACCAUAUGUAUAUACUUCUCCACCACCUCCACCAUACUAUUCGCCAGCCCCAAAGGUUGAGUACAAGUCCCCUCCACCCACAUACGUGUACACAUCUCCACCUCCACCACCAUAUUACUCCCCCUCUCCAAAGAUUGAGUACAAAUCUCCACCUCCACCAUAUAUAUACACUUCUCCACCACCUCCAUCAUAUUACUCGCCAGCCCCAAAGGUGGAGUAUAAGUCUCCUCCACCCCCGUAUGUCUACACAUCUCCACCUCCACCGCCAUAUUACUCUCCUUCUCCGAAGACUGAGUACAAAUCUCCACCCCCACCAUAUGUAUACACUUCUCCACCACCUCCACCGUACAAUUCGCCAGCCCCUAAGGUCGAGUAUAAGUCUCCUCCACCCCCAUACGUCUACACAUCUCCACCUCCACCGCCAUAUUACUCACCAUCUCCAAAGGUUGAGUACAAAUCUCCCCCUCCACCAUAUGUAUACACUUCUCCACCACCUCCACCGUACUAUUCGCCAGCCCCAAAGGUCGAGUACAAGUCUCCUCCACCCCCAUAUGUCUACACUUCUCCACCUCCUCCACCAUAUUAUACUCCUUCUCCAAAGACUGAGUACAAAUCUCCACCUCCACCAUAUGUAUAUACUUCUCCACCACCUCCACCAUACUAUUCGCCAGCCCCAAAGGUUGAGUACAAGUCCCCUCCACCCACAUACGUGUACACAUCUCCACCUCCACCACCAUAUUACUCCCCCUCUCCAAAGAUUGAGUACAAAUCUCCACCUCCACCAUAUGUAUACACUUCUCCACCACCUCCAUCAUACUACUCGCCAGCCCCAAAGGUGGAGUAUAAGUCUCCUCCACCCCCAUACGUCUACACAUCUCCACCUCCACCGCCAUAUUACUCACCAUCUCCAAAGGUUGAGUACAAAUCUCCCCCUCCACCAUAUGUAUACACUUCGCCACCACCUCCACCGUACUAUUCACCAGUCCCUAAGGCCGAGUACAAGACUCCUCCACCCUCAUACGUCAACACAUCUCCACCUCCACCACCAUAUUACUCUCCUUCUCCAAAGACUGAAUAUAAAUCUCCUACGCCUUCAUACUACUAAAGUCCAUUGAAUUCAGUGAACAUAUGAUCGCUUGGAUUCCACUCAAUAUCUAAGUACUAUUCUUCAAAAUUCCUCUUAAUUUUUAUGAAUUAUAAAUUGCAUUGGUCGAAUUAUCAGUUUGCUUCAGACUUUGUAUGAUUACCUUUUAAAUUUUUUAUGUCUAAAGUCUAUAUGCUUUGUUGCUAUUCGCCUUUGGUAUUCUUCAAUUUGAUGUCUUGAAUAACUAUGUAAUCGUCAUAUUCACGAGUUUCAUAUAUUUCACGAUUAUUGAUGCUAUGAGAAGGUUGGUUUUAUUAAGUUAA